CCAGCAUGCUUUGCAAAGACUCGCAAUCAGGUGUCACUUGGUUGAGGCUGCCGCCAUAGCUGGCACAGUCGCCAAUGUUACGAUUGUAGAAAACAAGAAAACACGGGGUGGUGAAGAAAACCCACAGCAGCAGGCUCAUAAAAAUCAAGAAUUUGAAAAGCAAUGAAGUGAUUCUUUUUAACAUUUUACUAAAAACAAAUACAAUUGUAUGGUUUAAAAAAUAACAAAUGUCAUCAUUCCCUACUGUUAAGUCACAGUCACUUAAAUUAGUAGUAAUGCCCUGCCCUCUCUAACUUCUGAACUCUACAGCAUAACAGUUUUUGUCAUAAACUGUGUGCAUGUACGUACAAGUUCCUUUAAAUUUGUAGUUUGCACCAGAUAACGUAGCAAUGUCAGGUACAUUUUCAUAAUUGGAAAGUGUGGUGUCUCUCUGCAACUACAUUUUGGAUUGUGGAUGCAUAGCCUGCAGGCACAGUGUGGUUUUGUGGGCAAAACUUGUUAAUAUUUUGGUUGUCACCAUAUAUAGUUUAUGUAGUGCAGUGCCUUUGUAAAAGUGUACAAGCAAGCUUUCCAUUUCAUUAUUUUCAGGUGGCAUGCGCUACAUUGACCAGCCGGCUGAGGAAAGGACACAUAGUCAAGUAAUCAGAGACAUGCAUAUUGCAUACAUCACAGAAAACACAGUGAAUGGUUUCAAGGGCCCAUCGGCUUUAAUGAGCCUUAAAGGUUUCAACCUUGUCAAGGGAGUCAGCGUCGAAUACAUGCACUGUGUUCUGCUAGGAGUCACAAGGCAGAUAAGCGAGGCCUUGUUCAGUACAACUAACUGUUCUGAACGGUAUUACGUCGGCAGCCCAUCAUCUGUGAGAGAAGUUAAUAACCGCUUGUUAAGCAUUCAACCUCCUCACUGCAUCACACGUCUACUCCGUCGCAUCGGUGACAGGGCUCAUUGGAAGGCUUCAGAAUGGAAGCACUGGCUUCUUUUCUACGCCCUGCCAUGCCUUGAUGGCCUGAUCCCCCAUGAGUACUGGCGUCACCUCGUAAAGCUGUCGGAGGCUGUACAUAUUCUGCUUAGAGAAGAGAUAUCUACUCAGCAGAUAGACCAUGCAGGUAAAGUACUGCACAAAUGUAGGUUAAGUAUCCACGUCAUAGCUCACUAUAAUUGCUUGUAAUCUUUGUUCAGAAAUUAUGUGUUGGGAGUGGCACAGUAAGUAUUGGUUGUUUGUUGAUUUAUCAGUCAUAUUCAAUAACUAAUAACUAGAAAUUGCGGAAGUACUCAGGUUAAACAGAAAACAAGGCUCACCUCCGUAAACAUCUGUUCUUUUCAUUCGUACUGCAAAUGCUGUUGAAAUGUACUUAAAAUGUGGAAUUUUGGCAACAAGUACAUAUACGUGUGAAUCUGUUACCCAAGAUAACAUUAUAGACAAAAAUCUGAAGUUCAUUCUUGAAAGCAACUGGCUUCGCUCACCUUUGUUUUGGGUAUUAUUUAUUGCACUCUAAAAUGUAUGUUCUACACCUCCACACUGCAAUUUGUAAAAUCAUGUA